AUGUUCCACUCCUCUUCAGCGCGCUGCGAAAAUUCACAUUCACAUUCACAUUCACAAUCAGGUUCAAAUUCACGUUCAAGUUCAAGUUCACGUUCAAAUUCACAAUUCACAAUUCACAUUCACAAUUCACAGUUCACGAUUCAAAGAGCUUUAAGAAAAGUUGUGCAGUUCUCAUUCUCAUUCUCAUAAUAAUUGCUGUAUACCCUUGCUGUACCUUACCUAGUACUCUUCCUGUACCUUGCUUCUCGCUUUCAUUGCUGUUUAUCGCCGAUCCGCGAUAACUGUAUGUACAAAUAAUUAACAAAACUACUUUCUCACGUAUAUGCCUUUUGAUAAGGUCCCAUGUCUCCUUUGUCACUUCCGUCCGCACGCGACGGUCCAGUCAGUUGGUCAACCACAACUGACGAACCUUAUUAUACUGAUGAUGGUAUGCCUUGAGAGAUUCAAUUCAAUCUGAAUAUACAUAGUAAUUAAUGCUAAUGUCUGAUAGAUUUGCUUAUUCUGCAUGACAUCGUUGUCCGCGCACAACAUAUCCUACCCACUCUGCUUCCGCGCGAUAGACUACCCACCAAUGCCCUCUUUAGAUCUUACUAUGAAAUUCUCCCCCGAGUAGGCAUUGAUACCGACCAUGAUAAUCGAUAUGCCAGGAUUUUGUUCAAAAUUGGCGCCCUGCGAGAUUUCAAUGGCACACUUUUCGAAAAAUUCGAGGAAGUUUUGUCGCAAAGAGGUAUCACCCUUGAAUUCGAUACCGAUCGGCAUGAAUAUCUACGAAGUAGCAAAGCUACUUCUCCAGAUGUCGCAGAUUAUAAGGAAAGCGACACUCUCUAUAAUGAUGAGAAUGAACUACCAUUACCACGACGCAAUUCCGAGACGGGAGUCUUGGAUAUGGAAAAUGCAGCUCAAGCACAAGCUCAAGCGCUUGAGCCAAAACAUAAAAGGAAUAAAUCGUUCUCUCCUCUACCUCUCGGGCCAGCCACACCCGCCAAAAUGAAUGAGCUAAAGAGCUUUAUAUCAGAAGCUACACGCGCAGUAUCACCGGAACCUCUCCCGGAACCUACACCGCAACCACCUAGAACCACGCAAAGAGGACGUGAAGAGCGUGGCGUGAAUAAUGUUAGAAAUUGGCUAGAAGCCAGUGAGUAUGACCCACCUCGCAGACAUGGCAGAUCAGUUUCGACACAUGGCAGUAUUCGGUCGAUAAAUCGACACCCAGAGAAAGGUGCUCAGAGGGGUCGCCCAUCGGGUCGAAUCCCCCUUCACAAGGUUACAAACGAACAUCAAGAUACAAGCGACGAGUUGACCACAACCUCAGAAGCCGAAGAACAAUAUGACUCGAACGACGUUGUCGAAACUAAGGUAUCUGUUGGAUGGAUGGAAGAAAGAGCGGAUGUUGUGUCCAAGCAUUAUUUUGAAGAAUUUAUUAUCAAAAAACUCUAUGCAUGGCGUGAUCAAGCAAAGGCAAGUCUAGCACGCAAAGCACACCUGGACGCCAUCGCGUCGAAACACGACAAUCACGCCCUCCAAGAUCAGGCAUUCUCCACCUGGCUCGAAAUGACUCGGGAAAAAAUGGAGAUGAAACGACAGGUUCAAGAAGCUCGGGAAGUCGCUGAAAGGGCUCAGCAAGCUCAUUUGGAAGCCCAGCAGAAACUUCGGGAAGUGGAGGAGCGAUAUGCGAAACUCGAAAGAAGAGUUGAGAAAGCCAGAGACCGCCACCUCAAGCAUAAAGCUUUCACUCACUGGGCAGCGAUCACUCGCGAAAAAGUGGAAAUAACCGAAGUCGCACAGAGACAGAUUCUUAGAUCACGAAUGUUCACUGCUUGGAAGACUCAAACGGAAGAGAAUGAGAAGAAAAAUAAGGAAAACGAGGAAAAAGCUCGAAAAUUCCAGUUAAGAAAGUUUUUCGGCAAAUUGAAAGCAAAGAAAGAGGAAAUUGAUGAGAAAUCGAAUAUGGCUGCUCAAGUGUCCAAGGGUAACCUUCUUGGGCGAGUAUUUUCGAAAAUGGCCCAGGAGAAAAAGGUGGUAGAAUUUACCCAACGAAUCGACGAAAAGAAUAAGCAACGGGCUUUAUCAACAUGGGUGGGAAAGGCACAAGCUGUGAGCGAAGCCACUCAGCUAGCGGAGGAUGAGAGAUUACUCAAUGUGGUUACGAAAAGCAUGGAUAGCUGGAAAGAGAAAACGGAAACGCAAGUCGUACUUAACGACAGAGCUGAGCGUGCAGCCAAGGCAAAACAACUGGGAAGUGCUUUCAAGAAAUGGCGUCUUGAGGCUCAAACAGCACCCGCCGAAAAGAAAGUAGUGGCUAGUCACAAUGUAAGCUUGUUGAAAGGCUCCCUGUCGAUUUGGAAGCUUCGCGCCGAGCAAGAGAAACAAGCCACAGCGAUUGAUCAUGACAAGAUUGUACGUGAAGCAUUCACUGAGUGGCGACAUCAGACUAGGCUGAAAAGACUGAGAGCCAUUUCCGAUGACCGCGCUGUCGCGAAAGCCUCUAAAACCUGGAGAUUGGAGACGAAAUGUGCAGUUUUACAAAGAGAGAAGAAGGAAGAAACUAAAUCUGCAUGCUUAGAAGUCUGGUUUGACAGGUCCCAAGACACACGGAGUAGGCGUUGGGAACGCGAAGAGAUUGCUCGACGACAUGACAACAAAACUGUCGCAGCCUCCGUCCUUAGACGAUGGUAUGUAAAAAUGAAUGAUCGCGCCGAGAUUGAAGCCCAAGCCUCGGACUUUCAAGCUCCACGAAUUCUAGGUCAAUGUCUCGAUUCUAUGCGCGCGCAGCUCCAGCGGAUCGUCAAACUAAACAAGGUGGCUCGCGCUGCCAAUAAGUUCUUCGUGAUGAGGAGCGCUCUGAAUAAGUGGAGAGAAGCAACACAGAAAUCGAAACGAGAAAAGCGUAAAACUGCGUAUAUUCAAGUUCGAAGGAACAGAAAACUUUAUUUAGCAGCAGAUAUGUUUUCGCGUUGGCGACAAAAGGCGCAAGAGAAAAUGGCACUGAACGAACGGGCACGUCAGUUUGCCCAAGGUAAAACAUUCAUCAUAGGAAUGAACUCGUUUGAUCGGUGGAGGGCUCGUACGGAAGAAGUGGCCGAAUUAGAACCUCUUUGGAAAGAAAUGGUGAUGAGGAAAUUCUUCAAUAGGUGGAAAGAUCGUACCGAGUCAUUACAGGUAUUGAACAUCGAAGCAACGUUGGACUUUCAAGAACGUCGGCAGAGCGAUGCCCUUCGAAAAUGGAGCUUGCGGACGAUUCAAGCAAGAGCUAUGGCAAACACUGCGAAAGAAGUGCACGAUAAGAAUACAAGGAAAGGACACAGAAAGAUGUUUAACUACUGGCGACAGCGAACCGCGCAGCAACGUCCCUUCGUGGACAUAAAUUCACCUCCGGGGACUGAUACAGCGGAGAACUGGUCAGAUUUCGGGGAAGAAGUUGAUAUGGAUGAAAUCACGAAGAGGCUUUACGAAAAGGAUCCUCCGCGUAGAACGACGGUCCCAAUCAAACCUCCAUUGAAUCCAGUCACCCCAAAACCAGGGUACAUGGCAACGCCAUCUCGAAGAUCGCAAAGAGUUCUUGCUGCAUCGGCGCGAUUUCAUUCAACUACGCCAAGGGCGCCAUUGACCACACCACUUGAGCGAGAGUUAAGAAAGGGAAUUUAUGGGUCAUCCAUGCCCUUUUCCAAAAGAGGACGGAGUACAUUAGGAAUGGAUAGAGGAUUUCCAGACAUCCCUGAAGGAUAAUAUGAAUUAAUGACUUGUGUAUAUUGGAUACGGAGCAUUGCGACGGCGUUAGGGAAUGAUUUACUGCGGGAAAAAGAAGGAUUACUGUUUCAUCACAGGGAAUGGAACACAGGGACAAGAUGGAGUUUACAUUGGAAACAUGGGUAUAUGUUUUAGCAUGGUGUUUUAGCGAUUGCAUACUUAGAUGAUUGCAUAUGCUUGCAUACUUAACUGGUUGGAUACCCACAAAUGUUGUGGUAUGGAGUAUUGGUUAUCUGGCGUUUUCCUCCAGCAUAUGGCCAUCUGGAGAGAGGGACUUACAUCCACAUCGACUCGGUAAUCGGAUUUACAAUUGGCUUCUCUCAAUUGAGAACACUCCCACUUUGGAGCGGGGAACUUCCUUCAUGGAUCUUAUAUCCAUGGGGCAUGUAAGAACCUCUCAUUUGUUUAGUUGUCUUAAGUAGAUUAGAAUUAUCACACCUAGAUACUU